CCUCCAGCGGCGCAGAUGUGGCGCUGCGGCGGGGCGCCCCGUCGUGGCCGGUGGGGGUGGCCGUCGCCCUGCGGAGGUCGCUCGCGGCGGUGAGAGCCCUCCUGGGGCACCGCGAGGGGCGAAGAGGAUCGCCGGCGCCCUGUGAGCGCCGUUACCGGGUGCGCACAAAGCCGCACCGAGACGCCUCGCCUCGCCCCGCAGCUCGGCCAGUGCCAAGGUUGAAGUGCCUCGCCAGCGCCCGGCCCCCCACUGACAGGAGCAGCCCCUCAUCGCGGUGCCGCUCGCCAUGCAUUCCCUGGACGAGCCGCUGGACUUGAAGCUGAGCAUCUCCAAGCUCCGGGCGGCGCGAGAGAAGUGCGCCCGGGCCCUGGGCGGCCCCCCCUGCCACGCCCAGCCCCGCGAGCCCCGGGGCCCCGAGGAGGACGCCGGCGUGGUCAGCCCGGCCUCCCCCCCCGCCCCCGGUGCGUCUCCCACAGGCCUCCACUCGCACCCCCGAGGGCGGGACAAGAGGGACGCCCGCUUCUGCGCCUCACCCCCCACCAUCGACCUGAGCCUGUCCCCGCCCCCGCCGGGCUUGGACUCCCCCAACGGCAGCACCUCGCUCUCCCCGGACAGGCAGAGCGGCGGGGAGUUGGUGAGCGCCUGCAGCCUGCGCGAUCUCGAGUCGCUGCGCUACAUCGACGGCCUCCGAAGCUCCUUCCAGUUCUUCCUGCCCCUGAACUCGGGGGGCGCGCUGCACCUGCCCCCCUCGGCCUUCCUGACCCCUCCCAGGGAGAAGCGGCUCUCCCCCGACCUGUCCCUGCCCAAGCAGCUGGUGUGUCGCUGGUCCAAGUGCAACCACCGCUUCGACCUCCUGCAAGACCUCGUGGACCACGUGAACGACUGCCACGUGAAGCCCGAGAAGGACGCAGGCUACUGCUGCCACUGGGAGGGCUGUGCCCGCCACGGGAGAGGCUUCAACGCCAGGUACAAGAUGCUCAUCCACAUCCGCACCCACACCAACGAGAAGCCGCACCACUGCCCCACCUGCAACAAGAGCUUCUCCCGGCUGGAGAACCUGAAGAUCCACAACCGCUCCCACACGGGUGAGAAGCCGUACAGCUGCCCCUACGAGGGCUGCAGCAAGCGCUACUCCAACUCGAGCGACCGCUUCAAGCACACGCGCACCCACUACGUGGACAAGCCGUACUACUGCAAGAUGCCCGGCUGCCACAAGCGCUACACGGACCCCAGCUCCCUGCGCAAGCACAUCAAGGCCCACGGCCACGCCAUCUCCCACGAGCAGCAGGAGCUGCUGAAGCUGCAGCCCCCCGCCAAGGCCCCCCUCGCCGCGGCGGAGGCGCCCUACCUCGGCGGGGUGCAGAUCGCCCUCCCCGGCCCGGCCGGCCUCUUCGGCGGCCACGGCCUGGCCGGCCUGCCCCUCCCGCUCGCACCGGCCCCGCUGGACCUCAGCACCUUGGCCUGCGGCGGCCUGAGCACCGCGGCCAUCGCCGGCCUGCCCGGCCCCGUCCUGGCCCCCCUGAACUUGGCCAAGAGCCCGCUCCUCUCCUCGCCCUUUGCGGCGAGCGGCCUGGGGCUGCCCGUGGUCUCCCUGCUGGCCGGCGCCUCGGCCAAGGCCGGCGCCCAGAGGGGCCACGGGGGGGCUGCUCGGCCCCCCCGGGGCGGCAGUGGCGGGCGGGCUCAGGGCCCCCAGAGCUGCAAGGAGGCCAGCGAGAGGACGGAGCUGGCCCGGCUGCGCCAGACGGCCGAGAGCCUGGCGCUGCUCCCGGGGGGCGUCCUGGACCUGUCCACCGGCGUGAACUCUGCAGGGGGGGCCGAGGCGCUGUCCCCGGGCUGGGUGGUGAUCCCGACGGGCUCGGUCUUGCUGAAGCAGGCGGUGGUGAACUGAGGGGCGGCCGGCCCAGCGCCGCUCGCUGUCGGGGUGGCCCAGCCGGCCGCGGACGAGUCUGCCGUGGCCGCCUCCCUCCCCCCAGGAGAGAGAGCGGCCGCUUCUGCGUUGCGUCUCUGUGCCUUGAGACUUCUCGUGGAAGGAGCCCCCCCCGUCAGAAGGCGGCGCUGCCCCCCCCCCGGGCGCACGGCCCCGCUCCUCCCCUCCUCCGCACGGGGCCACCCUCGACUUCGACACACACGACGGGGGAGCUUGUCUCCCCUGAGCUAAGCAAUAAACUCACUUUCCUUCAGUGGCCACCGUGACCCCCGACUGCAGCAGCGCUGGGGGCUUCCCUCCAGGGGUGCCGGCGGGCCUCUGCCCCCGCACUCCUCCUCGGCUGGCACCUCUCCUCGCGGCCUCCCACUUGCCGCCCGCCUGCCCCAGACCAGCAGCCUGCGAGACGGUCCGUCGGUCCGUCUCCUCCUUCCGGAGGACGCCAGCGGGCACGGCAGACGGCCCUGCUUCCCC